UUGAGAAACUCUCUCUCCACACAGCUUUGCUCUCCGAGUGUGGAUAGACAUCCAGGAGACAGGCUGGCCAAAUUAAAGCACUGUGCAUCAUGGAUUUUUCCUUCUUAUUUGUAAUAGGUGUGGUUGUUUUCAUAUUGGAGCAACAAGUCCCAGGGUCACAUGCCAACAUUAGUCCAUCUGUGAAUGUUCCUCCAGAAAUUCACCAUCGCGAGAGACGCUGCUCCUGUGAAAACCUGAAGGACAAAGAAUGCGUGUACUUUUGCCACAUAGGAAUCGUCUGGGUCGAUACACCCAGUCAGGUCAUUCCCUAUGGUGUAGGUUCACUCCAAAUGCGUCUAAGACGAGAUAUGGAACGAUGCCACUGCGCACAUAGAAGAGACACGAAAUGUGUGCGGUUUUGCUCUUACUUGGAUCUCCAGCAAAAAGAUGAAAAUUCCUCAGUCAAAAGUUACCAUCCCAGAAACUACAAAGAACGAUACAAGUCUAGAUUCUCCCAGAGACAGAGGAGGCAUAAUCCAACACAAACCUGA